AAACAACCAUUUACCAGACAGAACCGAAGGGAACUUCACAAAUUUCGUAAAGGGUAUUUUAGUCAUUAACGUUUGUCCUUCACACGAAAAACCAUCGUAUUAAAUUCACGUUCUUUUCCUACACCAUUUUCAUUUUCAUUUCCCAUUUUUUCUUUUGCUUCUCUUGAGAAAGAAAACAAAGAAUUAAAAAACUUUAUAAACCACUCCUCACACUUCCCCACCACCGAACUCCACAAAUUUCACUCCCAAAACAAAACCCUCUUCUUCUGCUCUCUACCUUCACUGAUCUAUCUCACUGUAAUCUGUAAUGACUUCUCCAUCAACAUCAGCAGUAGCAGAACCACCAUCACCAAUUAUAUUAGAUUCGGAUUUCAUUGUUAUACUGGCAGCGUUACUAUGUGCCUUAAUCUGUGUUAUUGGCUUAGUUGCAGUAGCUCGUUGUGCUUGGCUUCGGCGUACGAAUGGAGAUAGUGAUAAUAAUCCUUCAGCAGCUUCAUUACAAUCACAAGCGAAUAAAGGAUUGAAAAGGAAGAUUCUUAAAUCAUUACCUAAAAUCACUUAUGAUAAGACAUUGUCAAUGGAAGAUUGUGCUAUUUGUUUAAGUGAAUUCGAAAUUGGUGAUGAGAUUAGAGUGUUGCCUCAAUGUAAUCAUGGAUUUCAUGUUACUUGUAUUGAUACUUGGCUUGGUUCUCACUCUUCUUGUCCUUCUUGUCGUCAGAUUCUUGUUAUUCUUAGAUGUAAAAAUUGCGGUGGAUUUCCAAAUACUUCUUCCUCUUCAUCUUCUUCUGUUAAUCAUCAUCCUCCUCCACCCCCACCUCCUCCUCAAGUGCUACUACAACUCACUGAAGCUGAACUGAAGGCUAGAGAAGAUCAUAUUAAUCGAUUUUUGCCCUAAAAUCUGAAGGGUUUCUUUCUUUUACUUUCUGUCUUCAGUUCUUUCUUUCUUCUUCUUGUAAUUAUUUGAUUCACAGAAAGAAAUUGAAAUUAAUCUAA